GAUGUACCUGACUUGGGUGAACGGAUUGGAUUGGGUUAGCGACGCCGCGUUCCCCUUUUCGCAUUGGAUCGGGAGUUUCUUUCGACCGCAACGUCAACUUGCCCAGUUAUUUAUCGACAACACGCGUCUCCCAUAUUCAAGGAGGGCCAAACAAGAUCUGCCACGGAAAAUACUUGAUAGUAGAUAACUCCCUCUUCUGCCUUGCUGGCUAGUCCUACUUUCGCGAUGGCAUUACAACGAGGGCGGGCGCGGACGGCAUGUGCAUAUGUUGCCACUAGACGUACGCUACGGUGUUGCAAGGUCUCAUUUUGGACAAGAAAGUUAUGGGAGGAUUCACAGAGGUCUAAGAGGUUUGAAAUUACCUUUACGUUACCUAGUGUCGAGUUUAGAGAAAAGUACCAGGCGCUGUUACUUUUCCUCUUUCUUAGCCCAGUUUGUUCAGUUGCAAAUUCUGGAAACAACUACUCCUUUCAUCAUCGAAUCCAUAGUCCGUCUUCUCUAUGGUUAAAUGAAGUCUAGCUCUUACGCUUUCGUUGUAGGUUUGUCAUUCAAGGCUAAGAGUUUGUGACGCGAAUGCGAAAGCACAU